AUGGGCUCUCUCUCUACGCUUUUGAAAAGAGGAUUCACGCCAACCCUGAGAGACUUCAACAAAUUCUUCCUCUUUCUCUCCCAUAAACGAAGGUUCAAAACCAUUAUCUACGUUUUCUCCCAGCUCGCCGCGAACGAAAUCAGCGGCGACAGCCAAACGAACACAAUCUUCACAAAAGCUUUGCUGAAAGAGAAGAAAUUCGAAGAAGCAGCUGAGUUCUUGAAAAAUGUCGAGGGGGACUUCGACGAGCUUAAAAAAAAUCGUGUUAUUGAUUCUCUAAUCCAGGGGCUUUGUGCUUUCAGUCAGGAUCCUGAUAAGGGACUUUCUCUAUUGAAGGAUUUCUUGAAGAUGGAUGGCGUUUUACCGUCUUCUCGUACGUUCUGUUCGUUGAUUUUUUGUUUCAGCAGAAUGGGGAAAAUGGAUAGGGUUAUAGAGUUAUUGCAGUUGAUUUCUGAUGAUAAAUUCGAGUAUCCUUAUGAUAAUUUUGUUUGUAGUUCUGUGAUUUCCGGUUUUGUGAGGAUUGGGGAGCCUGAGCUUGCUGUCGGGUUUUAUGAAAAUGCGGUAAAGUCGGGUUCUUUAAGGCCCAAUGUAGUUACUUGCACGUCUUUAGUGAGUGCAUACUGUAAAUUAGGGAAAAUAGAUAAGGUUUCGGAUUUGGUUGCUUGGAUAGAGAACAAUAAGUUGAGUUUUGAUGUUGUGUUUUAUAGUAACUGGAUUUGCGAGUGUUUUAGAGAAGGAUUAUUUAGUGAGGGGUAUCGAAAUUUUAGAGCCAUGGUUGAAAGAAAAGUGGAGUUAGAUGCUAUUAGUUACACCAUACUUAUAGAUGGAUUCUCAAAGGAUGGAAAUGUGGAGAAGGCCGUUGGAUUUUUGCACAAAAUGAGAAGGGACGGGCUUGAACCGAAUUUAAUUACUUACACUGCAAUUAUUUUGGGGUUUUGCAAGAAGGGGAAACUAGCAGAGGCAUUUGCAGUUUUAGGUAUGCUUGAGAGACUCGGGAUUGAAGCUGACGAGCUCGUAUAUGCCAUUCUGAUCAAUGGAGUUUGUAGAGAGGGUGAUUUUGAUACCGUAUUCAAGCUGUUAAAUGAAAUGGACACGAAAGGUAUAAAUAUUGGUGUCGUCACGUAUAACACUGUCAUUAAUGGUUUAUCCAAAGCUGGGAGAAUGUCUGAGGCUUAUGAUUUCUCAAAAGGCGUAAUUGGAAAUGCUGUCACGUACACUACAUUGCUACAUGGCUAUAUUAAAGAAGAAAAUAACUCAGGGAUUUUAGAAACAAAAGGCAGACUGGAAGAAGCAGGCGUACGUAUGGACAUGAUCCUUUGUAAUAUACUCAUAAAAUCCAUGCUUAUGGUGGGUUUGUUUGAGGAUGCUUUAGGGAUUUAUAAAGGAUUGCCGGAAAUGGGCUUGUCGGCAAAUUCUGUCACUUACAGUACUCUGAUUAAUGGGUUUUGUAAAGCGGGCAGGUUUGAGGAGGCUCUUGAAAUAUUCGACGAGUUCCGGAAAGUGACGUCAAAUUCUUCUUCGGAUGUGUGUUGCAGUCGUAUUAUUUCGUGGCUCUGCGAAAACAGCAUGGUGGACAAGGCAGUCGAUUUUUUUAUUGAGUAUCUCAAGAAAGAUUUGCUGUUGGCCAGGAGAAGGAAAGAAUUAGCUUCGGCUAGCGUCUGUUACUAUACAAUUCUGAGAGCCCUUAUGUUUGAAGGCAAAAUGUUGUUGGCUCAGCUUAUUUUAACCUCAUUUGUUAAAAUAUACGGCAUGUCUGAUCUUGGAGUCUGUAAGAUAAUAGCAAAUUAUCUAUGCUUGCAUGAUGUUAGAAAAGCGCUCGUCUUUUUCUCAACAACGAAAGAGAGGACAUGGAGCUUAACAAUUCCUGUUGACAUAUUCGAGAAACUGACGAAUGAGAAUCGAACCUUAGAUGCAUAUAGGCUUUUAAUGGGUGCAGAAAAUGAUCUUUCAGGUACGAAUGUUUUCCACUACACCAUUGUUAUUAACGCCCUCUGUAAAGAGAGGAAAAUCGGUAAGGCAUUAGAUUUAUGCACUCUGGCAAAAAAGGCAGGGACAACUCUCAACAUAGUCACCUACAAUACUGUCAUAAACGGGCUUUGCAUGCAAGGCUGUCUGGUUGAAGCUUUUAGAUUAUUUGAUUCACUCGAGAGACUCGAUUUACUUCCGACUGAAGUUACCUAUGGGACGCUUAUCGAUGCUUUAGUCAGGGAAGGACUUUUACAAGAUGCCAAGAUGCUGUUUGAGAGGAUGUUCAUAAAAAAUCUUAGGCCCGGCCCGCGUAUUUACAACUCUUUGAUCAAUGGUUAUUGUCGAGCGGAUCUACUCGAGGAAGCUUUGAAGCUUUUCCAAGAUUUAGAGGUGAAAAAUCUUGAAGCAGAUGGGUUUACAGUAAGUGCAUUGAUUAAUGGAUACUGCAAUAAAGGUGACAUGGAAGGAGCUCUCAAGUUAUUUUUUGAGCUUAAAAGCAGGGGAUUGUUGCCCGAUUUUUUGGGUUUUUUGUAUCUGAUUAGGGGCUUGUGUGCAAAAGGAAGAAUGGAGGAAUCGAGGACCAUUUUCAGAGAGAUGCUUAGGAUCCAAUCUAUUGUUGAUCUCUUAAAUUGUGUACAAACUGAAGAAGUUGAAUCUGAUUCUGUGGAGAAAAUAAUUAGUUUGCUAUGCGAGCGAGGACUUAUCAAUGAAGCUGUUGACGUGCUGAAUGAAGUUGGUUCUGUGAUUUUCCCUGUUGGUAGAAGUUUUUCUAAGUGUGAUUUGAGUUCUAAUGAUUUUGACAGUGGAAAUGAUUUUGGUACAAGUCAGUUGCAGGAUUUUGAUUCUUUCUAUUCUGCUGUUCGGUCGCUUUGUGUGAAAGGGGAGCUGGCGAAAGCAAAUAGGUUGACUAAGUUGCUUAUGGAAUUGUAA